GAACGCCAUUGGACGAGGGCCGUGUCAAUCGGACAGCGGCCAUCCGGGUACCGUGACGCUGUGGCAUUUAAACCUGGGCGCGGAGCUGGUGGGUCGUCUUGUGCUUGUGGAUGGGGUAAGCGGCGUGGAGGACCAGAGUGCUACACAUGGAUCAGACACCUCCUGAGAGGCACUAGGACUCCAGAAGAUUUUCGCUUAAUCUCUCUUUCUCAGUGAAUAAAUAGACAGCCAUCAUGAAUGUGUAAGGUCCCUUUGCACAAACAAGAACAAAUCAAAAUCUUUGAGAAUGCUAAUGUAUGCCUAUACAUUGAAUACAAAUGAUCUAAUAUAUGGCCACUCAGAUAAAGGAAGCUAAUAUGAUUGUGUGUGGUACAGGAGCUCAGUGGUCGGCGGGAAGAUACGCAGGCUUUGAUAGAUGUUUUCUAAAAUGUAUUGCAAGCAGGUAAAUGAUGUGCACGGCUCCUAGCCCAAAGGUACGCGGUGGACCUGGCCUCUCCGAUAUGCAUCAGUACAGCCAGUGGCUGGCCAGCAGACACGAAGCUAAUUUACUACCCAUGAAAGAAGACCUGGCCUUGUGGUUAACCAAUCUCUUAGGGAAGGAAAUCACAGCAGAAACGUUUAUGGAAAAAUUGGACAACGGUGCCUUGCUCUGUCAACUUGCAGAAAGUGUGCAGGAGAAAUUCAAAGAGAGCAUGGAAGCUAACAAACCCACGAAGACUCUACCCUUGAAGAAGAUUCCGUGCAAAGUCAGCGCCCCCUCAGGUUCCUUUUUCGCCAGGGACAACACGGCAAAUUUUCUCUCCUGGUGCCGAGACUUAGGAGUAGAUGAAACCUGUCUGUUUGAAUCCGAAGGCUUGGUCCUUCACAAGCAGCCCAGAGAAGUGUGUCUCUGCUUGCUAGAGCUCGGCCGGAUCGCAGCCAGGUAUGGUGUGGAGCCUCCUGGUUUGAUAAAACUGGAAAAAGAGAUUGAGCAAGAAGAAACACUCUCUGCCCCUUCUCCUUCUCCGUCUCCUUCAUCAAAGUCUUCUGGAAGAAAGAGUACAGGAAACUUACUGGAUGAUGCAGUGAAACGGAUUUCUGAGGACCCUCCCUGCAAAUGCCCGGCCAAGUUCUGUGUGGAGAGGCUCUCUCAGGGGAGGUACCGCGUGGGAGAGAAGAUUCUCUUCAUCAGGAUGCUGCACAACAAACACGUCAUGGUCCGCGUGGGAGGCGGAUGGGAGACUUUCGCAGGCUACCUGCUGAAACACGACCCCUGCCGGAUGCUGCAGAUCUCGCGCGUGGAUGGCAAAACGUCUCCCACCCUGAAGGACAUGAAUCCAGAUAACUACCUGGUGGUCUCUGCCAAUUAUAAAGCUAAAAGGGAGAUUAAAUGAAGCUAGCCGGCCACUACAAGGGGACUCUCGUGAUGGCCUGUAUCCACUUCUCCAUUGUAGUCAGUGUAGUUCACAUGCUCUGUAAAAAAAAAAAAAAAAAAAAAAAUCACUGGGAAAAAAGUGUCACAGACAAAACAGAAAUACACAUCAUCCUAUUGAAAGGUGUUCACGACGACGUAGCACUAUUUACUGGUCAUGCUUCUGUAGACAAGGAUCUGUGGAAAAAUUCCAAGCUUAUUUAAAUUAGACAAAUGGCAGGCAGAUUACUGUUUGUCAGUAUGUGGGCACAGUAGCUAUAGUACCGUGCUUGGAAAACAACAUUAGAAAUCGUAGCCUGAGAGAGAACUGUCAUUUGAAGAAAAUAGUUAAGGAAGUACUGAUAAGUCAAUGGAAAUUACUCGAUUGUCUUCAGAGCAAAAGCACCCCAGAAGUCUCUUAACUCCAGGAUUUUUUUAACCAAAAGAAAAUUUAAAAGACCAUUAGUGUGAUAAUGUGCUACCAAAAUUGUCCACCACGACUAAAAGUCAGUACAGAGAGUUCUCAGCAGUGCUACCUUUCCCGGGAAUCCUACCUUGGAAACAUUUGCAUUCACUUGGAAGCCUUAAAAGUUGAUUCUCUUAUCGAGGACCAAAUAUCUGGGGUACUUGUGGAAAAUUUUCAGUACACCCCUUUAAAGAAUCACCUAAGAAUAUUAUUUCACACAUCCCCAAGCCCAUGGCUGUGUUGAGACUUAGUAUAACCCACACAUGUAAGCUGACAUUCCCUUAUAUCCUGACAAAGUAAAUCUUCACCAACUUCAAGUUACUCUACAGCGUUUUCUUAGUAAAGCGUCUCUUUAGUUAGCCCUACUCUGCUCUUCUGUCUAGUGAAGUAAGUUCACUGUAGUUCAUGAUGUUAUAGAUUUCUGUAUGCCCUUGUAUACCAGGACAGGGCUGUUUCAUACCAAUAAACAGCCAACUAUUGUCCUCCAUUAUUCAAGAAUUAAAAUGGUAAAAUUUAAAAAGA